AUGGCAGAUCCCAAUUCCACCGAUUACAACCCGACGCCCUUCACCUCUAUGGCGCAGGUGCUCGCCCAUCGCCAGCCUUUGACGGAGGGCAUCGUGCUGGCGCACAAUGACUGCCUCACUUUGGCGCCCUUUCCCAACAGCAAUGGGGGCGUGUGGAUUUCGUCGCCCAAUGUGGAAUUCGUCCCAGAACUUCCCAUGCAUCGUCGAGGCCAACCCCUUCGGUUCUACGCCGAUGGAAUGCUGGGCGCCUUCGAACAUGUCAAGUGGCCGCAAGUCUUCGAUGAGCAGGAGCCGCACACCCUGGCGGCGCCGGGGAACCCGGACCUGAUGUUCAAUCUCAAAUUCCAGGAAAAUCCAUUGCUCGACUUGAAGUGCACGCUACCGGAUUUCCAGCAUCCGGCCAUCGCCUGGGAAGGCCUCGAGGACUCCGACUUUGUUGUGUCUCUUCACCUGCCCCACGAGGACGUCGGUUUCCUGGCUCCACCCCUACACGGACGCUUGCGGUCAGCGGCCAACGAAAUCAUUGUGAUGGUGCUUAAGGUGGUGGAUACGGAGCUGGACAGCAUGUUUGCACACCGAAGUGAUCGAGAGCAGUACACGGAGCGCCGCAAACAUUAUGUUCUGCGGGAAAUUGACUACCUUCGACGCGCUUGCUCUCGUCUUCAAGAGACCCCCAUGUCUUACUUCGACGUGGUGUUGUGGUAUCGAGACACCCAACGCCUCAUUCUCGGAUUGCGUGCGUGGUUAAUCUACAUGACGAUUAUCAAGCCACGCCUGGACAACCCGGAGUUUGCAGACUAUGACAACGUACUGCCGCUCCGAGGGGUGUUCACGAAAAAAGAAUCAAUCGUGCACACCAUGUGUUACGACUGCUCGUCGGUAACCCCAAGAGUAGGAGGUUCUUCCCUAGGUCACUCGUGGAGGAUGUGUGGAACGGUGGUCUCGACUGUAUUCUCUAAGUCGUCUCUCUCAAUAACGACUACUCUUGUGCUUCUCCGUUGGUCUCCUUCCGGCCAGGAGAGACUAGGAGGUUCAUGCCCUGCGUGUGAGUAA